AUGGCAGGUGUCCUUUGCGGAGCGGAGCUCUCUGUGUGCGUUUGCGUUACCGUUGACCGCGCGCGAAACCUCCUACAAUUGCAGUUGCCCCUCCUCAAACACAUCAUCCUCAUCUUCCCUGAGGACAUUGAGGCUCUUCGAACCGAGGCUGGCCCUGCUAUCCAGAUUCACUCCUUCGAUGACAUUCUGGUGAGUCUCUACAUUAAUUGCUGA